AUGCCAUGGGUGAAGAUGUGGCUAAAGUAUAUCCGAGGGUACGCCGAGGGUAGCGUAUAUUACGCUCGAGGUCUCUCGAGCCUUCUGUUGUACCAAUGUCUCCGUUUUAGGAAGAAGGUAAUGAAAUUCCGGUAUGGACUUUUUUGUUGUUACGACAGGCGGAGAGCAGUGCCCUAUUGGUCUAAUUCCUGCUUCCCCUUGGUAUCUCAUUUCAUAUAUCGGAAAAGAGCUUCAAGAAAGCAUCCAUAUCAAAAAUUUCAUUACCUUGCCUUUGUCUGUCGCAGUGAUUUCAUAGUGACCCUAGAAUAUCUAUGGAAUUACUCGAUCCAUGAAGCCUCUCUUCCCCAUUCUCGGAAUCUUUCUCUCGUUCGCCACAUUUCAGUGAGUGCUCUACCCCGGUACCGGAAGCACUUGGUAUUGGUAGUAGUCUAA